AAUAUUAUUAUAGUAAUGAUCUUUUUAUGGUUGGUUACAUACACAUUGUCACUCUUUUAAUGUGAUUUUAAAGUCCUUGUAAGGCGAAAAUGGGCCUUGAUGUUUGUUCUUAUCAGAUGGAUGAGCGAGUUUGAUUGAAGCGUUUGUCAUGUAAAUGCGAGGCGUUUGAUGGACGAGCCCACAGACAUGACAGAGUGUCCCCGGCCUCUCGCCAUUGGCCUUUGGCAGGUCACAUGGUGUGUCAGGAAGGUGAUAUGAGGGUGGAAGGCAGUUUUACAGCUUUGACAUACUACCUAGAAGGUUAGGGCAAGGAGCACCAUUAAUGACUGCUCAGCCUUGAUCGAUUUUCGGAGCAAACAAUAGGCGAAGUUUCAAGAUGAACUCAUACCUAGACUACCCAGUUUGUAACAGAGGCGCUAACUUAUUCAGUGCCAAGGCCGGAUACCACAACCUGAACCACGGAUACACGGCCAGCUCGUGCGCAACAAGUGAUACUUACGCACAAGACGGACGUUUAGUUGCAGCGACUACGGGGCCCCAUCAGACCCCAAGUUUACCUCCUCUUCACCACCAAACACAUGUCAAUCUGGACCUGCAGUACACGCCACCGGGGAACUCUCUGUACGGGCCACCGCUGGAGUACGGGCAUCACCAGUAUGGCCUAGCACCAGAGCAAGACCGGGGUUAUAUGCACGCACAAGUGUCGCCCAUUGCGACAAACAUGGCUCCUUAUACGGGAGAAAACUGUGGGACUGUCGCUCAAGGUGCACAGUACAUGCACUACAACAGCAACGGGGAGCAAAGACAUCAAGAUUACGCAGAAAACGUGUAUACGAGGCUUCCCGUACCGUGCAAGGAGAAAGAAGUUGAGGAGACAAAAACUUUCGACUGGAUGAAAGUGAAGAGAAAUCCACCUAAAACAGCUGUCUUGUCGGAGUUUGGAGUCCCUAGCCAGCACAACGUGAUCCGCACCAACUUUACCACUAAACAACUGACUGAGCUGGAGAAGGAGUUCCAUUUCAACAAAUACCUCACCCGGGCGCGCAGAGUGGAGGUGGCCGCCAGCCUGGACCUCAACGAAACACAGGUUAAAAUAUGGUUCCAAAACCGCAGAAUGAAGCAGAAAAAACGCGAGAAAUCGGGAUGCGUUUUUGGCAACAGUUCAGCCAAAAUGGACAAACACAGUAGCCCUGAUAACUCUCCAAAAGUCAAAGGGAAAGACUGUUAA